GAUAUCUUCUUUUUUUUCGUUUUACGUGAUUACGUUAUUAGUUGUCCCGAAACAGGUUCCUACAGAGCCAAACAGUCGAUUGCUUAACCGAGACGUCGACGAUGAGCCGCGCUUUCUAUUUCAGUAAUACUUUUGUACGUAGCGAAUGCAACUGACGCGACGACGAUAGUAACAUUCGUCGCUUCUCGUAAUUUCGUUUGCGAUACAAAAGCGGUAUAUAAUGUGAAAGGAGAAGAAACUCUGUAGACGAGAAUAUUUUGUAGAACGGUUAGAAGAAAGGACAAUCUGAAUAAAGGAGGGGAUGUCUUGAGCGUCCCACGAUGUGCCAAAGUUCCCCGUUCCUCUAGCUAGUAUUCAAGACAGAGCCUUCAGUCGGUCUCAAUCGUCGCGCGAAAGUACACGAGAGUCCUUCAGAUCGAAAUCGAUUGCGUUUCAUUGAAUUGUCUGAUAGUGAAGUCACAGUCAGAAAAAUGAGUGGAGACUGGAAGACCAUUUUUGUAACUGGAGGUGCUGGUUAUAUCGGUAGUCACUGCAUCGUCGAACUCUUAGAGUGUGGAUACGACGUUGUGGCUAUUGACAACUUCGCAAACAGCGUGACGGAAGUCGACGGUGAAUCUGCGGCACUGAAAAGAGUCGAACAAAUAACAGGGAAAAAAGUCAUGUUUUACAAUUGCGAUUUGCUUGAUAAAGAGAAGCUCGAAACAGUCUUUAACAAGCGCAAAAUAGAUUGCGUGAUACAUUUUGCGGCUAUCAAAGCUGUCGGCGAGUCAAUGCAAGUUCCGCUUCAUUACUAUCGAAACAAUAUAAUAGGAGCUAUCAAUUUAUUGGAGGUGAUGAAAGCAGCUGGUUGUUUUCAUCUUGUAUUCAGCAGUUCUUGUACAGUUUACGGCGAGCCUACAGAAUUGCCUAUCACGGAACAACACAUUACCGGAAAUAUUACGAACGUAUACGGACGAACAAAAUAUUUCAUUGAAGAGAUGCUCAAGGAUAUAUCUAGAGCUGAGAAGAGUUGGAAUAUUAUAAGCCUCAGAUACUUCAAUCCGGUAGGCGCUCAUUCCAGCGGAUUAAUAGGCGAAGAUCCGACGAAGCCGUUUACGAAUCUGAUGCCGUACAUUGCUCAAGUCGCUCUGAGGCAUAAGGAAGAACUGGUGAUAUUUGGUGGCGAUUAUCCUACAAACGACGGUACAGGUGUCCGCGAUUAUAUCCACGUUAUGGAUUUGGCGGCUGGCCACGUGGCAGCAUUAAAUGCUCUACAUAAACAUCAUCUCAGGCUAAAAGUUUAUAACUUAGGAACCGGCAAUGGAGUAACUGUAUUGGAAUUAAUAAAAACGUUUGAAAAAGUAACAGGUACAACAGUGCCAUACGUUAUUAAAGAAAGAAGAGAGGGCGAUAUCGUAUCAAUGUAUGCUAAUACGGAUUUGGCAAAACAAGAACUGGGGUGGAUAGCAAAGUACAACGUUGAGCAAAUGUGUCAAGACUUCUGGAGGUGGCAAACAAUGAAUCCACAUGGUUAUCGAACUUCAGUGAAAAACGGAGUUAAUGAACACAAUAAUACAUCGUAAUGUUCAAAACAAAAACAAACAAAAUGUAUCGAGGAAAUUAAGUACAUAAUAUGUAUAAUAAUAAAGGAUCAAUAUACGUUAUCUUAUGCAACUUA